UGCACUGAUCAUCACUUUUAGCAGAGGAGAUCGUGAUGUAGUGUGGACAGUGACGGCUAUUAAACAUACACCUAAAAAGAUUUAAAAAAUGAAACUUCCAGUGAAGAUUGUGUGGCUUAUGUUAUGGACUGCUUGCAUAGCACAAGAUUGUAAUGAGCCACCUCCAAAGAAAGAAAUAGAAAUUCUGUCAGGCUCCUGGUUUGAGCAAUCAUAUGCAGAGGGGACUCUGGCUACAUACAAAUGCCGCCCUGGAUACAGAACCCUUGGAACUAUUACCAUGGCCUGCAAGAGUGGAAAAUGGAUCCCCCUUCAUCCAUCAAGGGUAUGUCGAAAAAAACCCUGUGGACAUCCUGGAGAUACUCCCUUUGGUUCUUUCCGACUUGCAGUAGGAAAUGCAUUUGAAUAUGGUGCAAAAGUUGUUUAUACCUGCAAUGAGGGGUAUCAGAUGUUAGGGGCGAUUGAUUUCCGUGAAUGUGAAACAGAUGGAUGGACCAAUGAUAUUCCUCUCUGUGAAGUUGUUAAGUGUUUACCAGUGAAAGAACCAGAGAAUGGGAAAAUUAUCAGCGACACUUUGAAAUCAGACGAAGACUACAUCUUUGGACAAGUGGUUAGGUUUGAGUGCAAUAAAGGCUUCAAGCUUGAUGCACCUAAAGAAAUACAUUGUUCUGCAAAUGGUACCUGGAGUGAAAGAAUCCCAAAGUGUGUGGAACUUACCUGUGAGGUGCCAGAUAUUGCAAAUGGAUAUUCUAUUUCUCAGAAGAAAACUUAUAAGGAAAAUGAACGACUUCACUAUAAAUGUAACAGGGGUUUUGAAUACAGUGAAAAAGCAGAUGCUGUAUGCACUGGAUUUGGAUGGGUUCCGGUGCCCUCAUGUAAAGAAGUAACAUGUAAUAAUCCUUACAUUCCAAAUGGUGUUUAUAAACCUGUAAGGACCAAGUACAGAACUGAAGAUGAAAUCACAUAUGAAUGUAAAAAUGGCUUUUAUCCUGUAACCCGGGGAACUACAGUAAAAUGUACUCUCACAGGCUGGGUACCUGCUCCAAGAUGUAGCUUGAAGCCUUGUGAUUUUCCAGAGCUUAAACAUGGAAGGCUACAAUAUGAAGUGCAAUACACUCCAAUACAAAUAGGACAGUAUUUUUACUAUUCCUGUGAUUCCAUGUUUUCGACCCCUUCACGAGUGACAUGGGGUAGAAUUACUUGCACAACAACAGGAUGGGAUCCAGCACUGCCAUGUCUCAGAAAAUGUGCUCUCUUUAAUUUGGAUAAUGGAUACAGUUCUGGAAAUGCAUGGUAUUUACAGGGUGAAUCUGUUCAUGUUAAAUGCCAUGCUGGCUACAGUCUUGAGGAUGGGCAGAGUACAAUGACAUGUACAGAAAAUGACUGGUCCCCUCCUCCCAAAUGCAUCCGAGUCAAAACAUGCUCAAAAUCAGAUUUAGACAUUGAAAAUGGUUUUAUUUCUGAAUCUGAAUUAACAUAUGCCUUACAUAAGGAUGCACAAUAUCGAUGCAAACCAGGAUACUUAACUGAAGAUGGUAAAGUGUCAGGAUCAAUUAAAUGUAUGCAAAGUGGAUGGUCAGCUCAACCUAUCUGCAUUAAGUCGUGUGAUAUGCCAGUAUUCGAGCAUGCCAGACCCAAAAGUAAUAGCAGUUGGUUUAAGCUCAACGACGAGGUGCAGUAUGAAUGUGACGUGGGCUAUGAAAGCAGAGACGGAGAUGCCAGCGGCUCCAUAGUGUGUGGUGGUAAUGGUUGGUCCGGUAAACCUGUGUGCUAUGAAAGAGAAUGUACAAUUCCCAGAAUAAAUGAUCACUUAAGAGUUAAGCCUUCCAAAAACAAAUAUAAAGUUGGAGAUGUGGUGAAAUUAUCCUGCAGACCAAAAUUUUUAAGAGUUGGACCAGAUUCAGUUCAGUGCUACCACUUUGGAUGGUCCCCUAAUUUUCCAACAUGUAAAGAGCAAGUAGAAUCAUGUGGUCCACCUCCACAACUCCUGAAUGGACAAGUUAAAGAAGCACAGAAAGAAGAAUAUGAACACAAUGAAGUGGUAGAAUAUGUUUGCAAUCACAGAUUUUUGAUGAAGGGUUCAAAUAAAAUUCAAUGUGUUGAUGGAGAAUGGACACAUUUGCCUAAGUGUAUUGAGGCGAGAUGUGGAGAUAUACCUGACCUUGCUAAUGGCCUUGUUGAGAAUGCUGCCCCUAUAUAUCACCAUGGAGAUUCAGUACAGGUCAGUUGCAGAGAAACAUUUACUCUGAUUGGUCACAGCUCAAUCACAUGCAUGAAUGGAAGGUGGAGCCAACUUCCUAAGUGCAUUGAAACACAUUUACUUAAAAAGUGUAAGCCAUCAAGGCUAUUUGCAAAUGACCCAAAUCCAUCACAAGAGACUGAAUUUAAUCAUAAUUUCACUAAAAGUUACAAAUGUAAAGGAAAACAAGAAAGGAAAAAUUCCACCUGCAUAAAUGGAAAAUGGAAUCCGGAAAUAAACUGCAAUGAAGUAUCAAAACAACUUUGCCCACCUCCACCUCAGAUUCUCCAUGCUGAAGCAAUGACAACUACAGUGAAUUACAAUGAUGGAGAAAGAAUAUCUCUUCUCUGUGAAGAAAAUUAUAUAAUUCAGGGAGGAGAAGAAAUUAUGUGUAAAGAUGGAAAAUGGCAGUCAAUACCACAAUGUGUUGAAAAAAUUCCAUGUCUAGAACUACCUGUUAUAGAAAAUGGAACCAUUCAAUUAUCUAGCUUUCCAGAAAAAACUAAAGUUACAUUAGAAUCUAAGACCUAUCCUCAUGGCACCAAAUUUAGUUACAUUUGUGACGAUGGUUUCAAGACAUCUGCCGAAGAAGAGAUAACAUGUCACAUGGGAAAAUGGAGCUCUCUACCUCAGUGUAUAGGUCUUCCUUGUGAACCUCCACCUUUGAUUCCACAUGGUGCUCUAUUGCUAAAGGUAGACAAUUACCAAUAUGGAGAAGAAGUCACCUACAAUUGUACUGAAGGCUUUGCGAUUGAUGGACCUGCCUCUAUAAAAUGUGUAGGAGGAAAAUGGUCCAGUCCACCAGAAUGCAUAAAAUCGGAUUGUUAUGACCUACCCAGUUUUGCUAAUGCCAUACUCAUAGGCCAGAAGAAGGAAUCAUAUAGGUCAGGAGAAACAGUGACUUAUACAUGUCCAAAAUAUCACCAAAUAGAUGGUUCUGAUACUGUAAAGUGUAUUAAGAGCAAAUGGAUAGGAAGGCCAACAUGUAGAGAUGUUUCCUGUGUAGAUCCACCCAGAGUGGAAAAUGCUGUGAUGCUAAACACAAUGCCCAGGUAUCCAUCUGGUGAGAGAGUACGUUAUGAAUGCAACAAACCACUUGACCUAUUUGGGAAUAUGGAAGUGAUAUGUUUAAAUGGAACAUGGACAACACCACCUGAAUGCAAAUACUCUAAAGGAAAAUGUGGGGCACCUCCACCUAUAAACAAUGGAGAUACUAUCUCACCACCAUCACAAGCAUAUGCUUCAGGAACAUCAGUUGAGUACCGAUGCAAGUCAUACUAUAAAAUUGAAGGAUCAACGAAUGUAAUAUGUCACAAUGGACAAUGGUCAAAACCACCAGAAUGCUUAGCUCCAUGUGUAGUAUCAACACCAGCCAUGAAUGAACAUAACAUACGGUUGCGAUGGAAAAACAGUGAUAAAAUUUAUUCUUGGUCAGGAGAUUAUGUUGAAUUUGAGUGUAAACCUGGAUAUAAGAAGGAGUCAUCACCUGAAAAAUUUAGAAUAAAGUGUACGAAAGGAAAGCUGAUAUAUCCUACUUGUACAUUAAAAAAUUCUUAAAAUGCAGUCAAAACUUAAAAUAUGUACAUUUAUUCAGAAUUUUCAUUAUUAAUCAAAUUCUCAACAUAUUGCUUCAAGUAUUGUUUUACUCAUUUUAAUUAAUAAACUAGGGUUUGUAUUAAAUGUGCACUUAUACUCUGAGAGAUCAACGAGUGCUCCUUUAAAAUAAUACAUUAAAGGGCCCUCCCUGGUGGCGCGGCAGGUUAAAGCACAGCACAAAGAAGCUAAAGCCA